UUCCGGGUGUCUGUACCUGAGUCAGUAGAGCCGCGAUGUGAUUGCUGAGGGAGCGGAGAGUGUGAGCCGGGAGCGGGGAGGAUCUAAUUGGUUUUCUGCUCUUACACGGGGGAAACGUCCAAGGAUUUCAUGUUGAAAAGAGCAAAACAUUUGCAGCAUCUUUACUGUGAGAGGGACGAGACGUUCAAGGGUCGAAGAUGACGGAAUCUGAUAAAGAGCUGGUGAAUCUGGUGUGGGGAGAGAAAAACGGCAAAGGCCUGGUGGACGCCAUCUUCAGCCGGUGGACACAAGGAUUUGUCUUCAGUGACUCCGAACCGACAGCGUUGGAGCAAUUUGAAGGUGGCCCGUGUGCAGUAAUCGCCCCAGUGCAGGCCUUUUUGCUAAAGAAUCUACUUUUUACUUCAGAGAAGUCUAACUGGAAAAGUUGUCAAGAAGAGGAGCUGAAAGAUGUCUUGUGUCAAACAUUGAGUGACAUUCUUGAAAUGGCCAGCAUGAAUAAUGCCAGCUCGUACUGCCUGGCAACCUGGCAGAAAGGGAAAACCACUCUGCAACCAGAAAGGGAACUGACGGCAGAGAGCAGUCGGCAUGGAGAGCCGCCCACUGCCUUGGCUGCAGAGGAGAUUGGCUUUGAACGAUUUCAUGCAUUAAUUCAAAAAAGAACCUUCCAGAGUUUUGCUGAUUUAAAAGCCUCCAUCUUGGACGAGUACCCAAUGUGGAGGAACAGGUUCGGAGUGCUGCUGUUCCUGUACUCCGUCAUUCUCACCAAGGGAAUUGAAAAUGUUAAAAAUGAGAUAGAAGAUGCCGAAGAGCCUUUGAUUGACCCUGUAUAUGGUCACGGCAGCCAAAGUUUGAUCAACCUUCUCCUGACGGGACAUGCAGUUUCCAAUGUGUGGGACGGAGACCGGGAAUGCUCAGGAAUGAAAUUGCUGGGUAUUCACAGCCAGGCACAUGUUGGAUUUCUGACUCUAAUGGAGUCCCUGCGAUACUGCAAGGUCGGCAAUUUCUUGAAAUCGCCCAAAUGUCCUAUCUGGGUAAUCGGCAGCGAGACGCAUCUAACGGUAUUUUUCACCAAGGAAUUGGCUCUUGUUGCCCCCGAGUCACCGUCCGAACAGGCAAGACGAAUGUUCCAAACCUACGAUCCAGAAGAUAAUGGCUUCAUUCCUGAUGCUUUGCUUGAAGACGUCAUGAAAGCGCUGGAUCUUGUGUCAGAACCUGAAUAUGUAAACCUCAUGAAGACCAAAUUAGACCCAGAAGGUCUUGGGAUCAUAUUACUGGGCCCGUUUCUCCAGGAAUUUUUCCCUGAGCAGGGUUCAAAAAUCCCAGAAUCCUUUAGCGUGUACCAUUAUAAUGGAUUGCGGCAGUCCAAUCAUUACGAGAAGGUCGCUUACAUUGAAGGCACCGCUGUCAUGGGUUUCGAAGACCCCAGACUGCAGACGGACGACACCCCCAUCAAACGCUGUCUACAGACCAAAUGGCCGUACGUAGAGCUUCUCUGGAACACGGACCGGCCGCCAUCAUUAAACUGACUCUCCGAGUUUCGGACCAAUUAAAAUUCCCUUCUAAAGAGGCUGUUUUACGGGACGCGAUCUAUUUACUACGAACUUGAAAUCUUCUGUCUUGGGGUCGAUCAAUACAUAAACUACAGUAUAAUGUAUAUACAGGGCGCAGCUCAUCUUCUUUACGCCAUUUGUAUUCUUCUGUCUUCUUGGUGUUUUUUCUAAGGGGGCGCCAUUAUCCUCUAUGGAGGACAGAAUAUAUAACCGGUGGACAAUAAGUAUUAGUUAUGCGAUUGUGAUACGGAUACUUUGCGUCAUGUGACUUAACCCAAAUCAGACAUUUUCUGAAUGCAAUUAAAGGGAUAUUCCCAUA